CGACGAUGCGUCGCACGUCUUGCAAAACCCAGUCUGCCUACGAUGUCGCUCCUUCGAGCUCCCCUGCUCCUCCUGACCGUGUCUGGGAUACAUUAUUCGCUUACGGCGCCUAACCCGACUCCUCCAAAUGAAGAGCGCGCACGCUACAAGACUGCCGAAGUCAAGAUUAGCAAGUUGGUCGUGCUCUGGCCUAUGCUCAUGAAAGCCGCCCUCUGGACCGGAGCGCUCUGCGAAACCGUGCUCAUCCUCGCGCACAACUUCCCCGCGCACCCACUCUCUCAGAGCGUGCUCUCCACGCUCCUCCCCUCGGACUCCGCCGCCGCAGGCGCGCUCAUCCUGACGCCGGCCUUCCUUGCGGGCACCGCGCUCACGCUCUUCGGCACGUACCUGCGGCACCGGUGCUUCCGGGUACUGGGCAAGCUCUUCACCUUCGAGCUCGCGAUCCGCAAGGACCACCGGCUCGUCACCGAGGGGCCCUACUCCGUCGUGCGCCACCCGUCGUACACCGCGGGCGUCCUCGCGUUCACCGGCGCGAACCUGUGCCUCCUUGGGCCCGGGUCGUGGUUCUGGGAGUCUGGGCUCGCGCACACGAAGGCCGGGCAGGUGUUCCUCGCCGCGAUGGCGGUGAACUUGGUGUGGACGGUCGGGUUUGUGGGGCGCAGGACCGUGGUGGAGGACCGCACGUUGAGAGAGCAGUUUGGCGCGCAGUGGGAUGAGUGGGCGGCCCGUGUCCCGUAUCGGCUGUUCCCUUUCAUUUUCUGAGGUGCUCCAGAGGGUGCGUUUUGUGCGGCUAGUGUUCGAGAUUUUCAAACUAUGGAGUGCGCUCCCUUCGGACGCCUCUUUGUCGUUCCGUUGCGUCGGUACCGGUCCCAGCGCUUACCUGUGACACAGCGUAUACCUUUCGUGGAUCCAGGUUCGAGGAAUCGUAGUCCGUCUUUCGAGGUUCAUCGAGUAUCCGGAUAUUCUCCGGAAAGCGUUCACCAUCCCGUACUGGCUCAUGUACCUCCGCUACACAAUUUCUGCGUGUACGCGACGCUCCUAAAGAGCAAUCCCAUCAGCGGCCAGUGGGUGCAGCAGAUGCUUUGGGGCCGCUG